AUGAGCUCACUCGCAGCUGCUCCGGAUAAUGGGCGAGACGGGAUGAAUGUGGUUGUUGCUACUGUUCUUCUGGUUGCAACAGAAGGGGUCAUCGAUUGUGACAGAGAGGUAGAAGAUAAGGAAUGUAUAGCAGGUCUGCUCGAGUACGACAAGCGGCGCCUGCAAGCAAUAAAGGCUAAGGCUGGGGAGCAGGAGGAUCUCUGCGAUUGUGUAAUGGCAGAAAGCGAAUUCGCCGCCGAUGAGGGGUGGCGAACCUGGCGGGAGGAGCCAGAUUCCUGGCCGCGUCCGGCAUAUCGAAAAGCGCGAUCGAUCCUCCACGACCUGGGCAAAGAAGACCCCCGCCAAUACAUCUAG